ACAUUACUUACUGGUUAUUACUUUUUAAAUAACCAAUUGAAAAAUCGAUCACAUUGCAGUUACACAUUUCGUUUAUCCGGUGCAACCCUUAAAAAAUGACUAAGAAUAGUGGAAUUAUAAGUUGUGUCUGAAAUUACUAUACACGUGAAAUAAAUACAGCAUUUAUAAUAAAUAUUUUCAACAACUAACAUUUUGUAAUACGCUAAUGAACUUCAUACAUUGAUUACACCCUAUAAUGUGGUAUUUUUGAAAAAUCAGUUAAAUGAUUUUAUGCAGUACAUAUAUAUAUUUAAAAAAAUAUAUAUGAAAAGAUAAAGUUGAAUAAUGCCAAUGUAACUAAAAGAUAAAUUAUUCAUGACUUCAGCAGAACAUUUUAUUAGUUUAAUUACUGUGGCAAGUGCUAAAAAAUUAGCUACUGGACUUGUCCUUUGCUUCAUUCUAUACCAUGGAUUGAUGCAUCUUAUUUAUGGUAGUGAUUCUUGUAAAUGGUUAUUAACCGAAGGAAGAUACAAAGGAGACAAAGAAUGGCAACCCUAUGGAUGUAUGAUGCACUAUUAUACACAAACAGACAGCCGGAGAUGCUUGAGAUAUCUAGCUUUCAUGGGCCACCGUAAUCAUUUUGUAUUUACUGGAGAUGCCAGAAUCAGGCAGUUGUAUAAAUCUUUCAUAUCUCAAUUUAUAGUUGAUGGAAAAACAUCUGAUUUAACAGAAUUACUAGAUAAUUCUGAUUUACAUUUUAAUGAUGCCCAGCUCAGGUUAAAUGUACAAUUUUUGUGGAGACCUCAAUUGGAUAAUGCCAUGAUAGAGGAUCUAAGAAGCUGGAUGAAAAAUGAUGCACCUAGCUUGAUUAUUGCAGGCUGUGCAGCAAUGACAAUUCUUGCAAACAACAAUAGCGAUGCUCAACUAUAUUCUGAAUAUACAAUGGGAUUAGUGAGACUUGUACAGCCAGUAGACUUUUUGUCUAAAAAGAAUACAAAGUAUUUGUGGAUGCUGCAGGAUCCUGUGUUAAAAGAAAGGCUUCCAACUCAAUUAUCAGGCAUAGAUAAUAGACAGAUCAAUUUAUGUAAUAAAGCAGCAGUAAAAAUAUUGUCUCACAGUGAGGCUCAUAUAUGGGAAAGCAGUAAACUUGUUGGUACAGGUGUCUUAGAACAAAGUCCAGAUGGAUACUUGGCUAGUCCUCUAUCUUUGAGGCACAAAGUUCAAUUAUUAUUGAACACUUAUUGCAAUGAUCAUAUGAAUUUUGAUGAUGGUAGUUGUUGUAGUUAUCCAGAACCAGCAACAACGUUGCAGUUACUAAGUUUAUCCGCACUUGCUCUGUGUAUAGUGAUCGGUGGUGGAAUAUGGAUAUAUCGAAAAUUUUGUUACUAUCGAACUGAAAUAUCUUACUUACGUGUUACCACUGUCGAAGUGGAAAAUACAGAAGAAGCAAAUACUUCCGAAAUUACACAGAUUGAACAGCCCGAAGCACAAGACUUUUAUACUUUAAUAACAUCAUUGGCCCUUUUAUCUAUCAUUCUGGCUUACUUUUAUCUGUGCGAUAGAACAAAUUUCUUCAUGAAGGAAAAUAAAUACUAUAGCGAAUUUAGUUUCUGGUUACCACUUGGAUAUAUAUUGGCUCUUGGAUUAUUUUUUACCGAAGAUAGAGAAAGGGGACCAAGGGCUUUAAAUCGGGAACAAACGGACGAGUGGAGAGGGUUAAUGCAGGCUGUUGUAUUAAUCUAUCAUGUUACCGGAGCCAAGAAUGUUUUGCCUAUUUAUAUGUACUUAAGGUUAAUUAACUCCGCUUAUUUAUUCCUUUCCGGAUAUGGACAUUUUUGUUACUUCUGGCAAACGGGUGAUGUUUCCUUAGUAAGAUUUGCUAGAGUGAUGUUUAGGUUAAAUUUUUUAACAGUAUCCCUGUGUCUUUGUAUGAAUAGACCGUAUCAAUUUUAUCAUUUUGUUCCAUUGGUCUCAUUCUGGUUUUUAGUCAUCUACUUCUUAGCAUGGAUACCUCCAAGAAUAUAUUCUGGUAGUUUGAAUGAAUAUGGACCAAGAGCUUUACUCUACCUUGCUUUAAAACUUCUAGGUCUUAUAUGGAUGAUAACGAUAUUAUACAUGUCAGAGGUUUUCUUUGAAAAAGUAUUCGUAACAAGACCCUGGAAAGCAUUAUUCGUUACAACCGAUGAUGAUAUACGUGAAUGGUGGUCACGAUGGAGAGUAGACAGAUACAGCGUUGCUUGGGGCGUAACUUUUGGAGCAGGCCUUGUAGCUUUACAAAGGAUAGAUCACAUUCCUGGAACUGCAUUAUCUUCUGUAUUGGCAUUAAUUUCUUUGACCGCUUACACUACUUUUACCAUAUUGUGUCACUCGGUAUCUGAGUGUGAAGAAAUUCACUCAUACGUCGCUUUUAUACCGAUUAUAGGAUACAUAGCGCUAAGAAAUGCAUCAUUAGCAUUGCGCGGUAAACAUUCAGCACUCUUAGCUGGUUUAGGUCGAAUCAGUUUAGAAACUCUAGUCGCACAGGGUCAUAUUUGGUUGGCAGCAGAUUCUCAUGGUGUACUAGUAUUACUGCCUAGAUUUCCAGUAUUGAAUCUAUUAGUCACGUCAUUCAUUUUUAUAUGUGCAAGCCAUGAAAUACAUAGAUUAACCCGGGUAUUAGCACCAUAUGCAGUACCAAAUGAUUGGAGAUUAGUGGCUCGUAAUUUGUUAUUAUUUAUUGCAGUCCUUGUACCUAUUGGUAUUCAUGAUGGAAUGUUUUAAAGUACAUAUUCUUAUAUGAUAAGAUGGACAUUU